GUUGAUUGGUCACCUGACUCAAUUGGACCAAAAGAGGAUUUAGAGGCAGCUGUGGGCAGUGUGAGGUAUGGUCAGUUGGAAAAGGGUCUGGCUGGAUUGAUGUCUUGAUUGACUCAACCAACUUUAGGCCACAUUAUUGAGGGCAAAAGAACUUUCAGUAACUUUGGAAUUUGAGUGAAGAUGGCAACCAUGUCUGAAGCCACUGAGAACAACAGUCCCAGCCAACUGGAGACUUCACCUACAAAGGGAUCAAAGAAGGAUAAAAAAAGAGGGUCAGAGAAGACUGAAGAAUAUCUAUUAGCAAGGUUUAAAGCUGAUGGAGUUCGCUAUAAAGCCAAGAUAAUUGGUGUUGAUGAUGUACCAGAUGCCAGAGGGGAUCAGAUGUGCCAGGAUUCAAUGAUGAAACUGAAGGGUAUAGCAAUAGCUGCCCGUGCACAAGGCCAACACAAGCAGAGGAUUUGGGUCACUAUCUCUCUAUCAGGAAUCAAGCUCAUUGAUGAGAAGACAGGGGUGAUUGAGUAUGAGCAUACUGUCAACAGGAUCUCUUUCAUUGCCAGAGAUGUCACAGAUAACCGUGCAUUUGGAUAUGUCUGUGGUGCAGAAGGACAGCAUCAGUUCUUUGCUAUCAAGGCUGCCCAACAGGCUGAGGCACUUGUUGUGGAUCUGAAGGAUCUCUUUCAAUUGGUCUACAAUCUGAAGAAAAAGGAGGAAGCUGAGAAUCAGUCAAAGGAUGAAGGUCAACCCACUGAGAAUGGUAGCCUACUACUGACCUUUGAUGACCAGGUUUCUCAACCUAAAAAUGAUAUUGACCAGAUGCAGCUGUUUGGAGACAUGUCAACACCACCUGAUGUCUCUUCCCCAGUGGAAACAAAUGGCUAUUUGUUGGACUUUUCUUCCCCUGAAAUGGAUCCUUUGAACACCUGCAUGAAAGACAAUCUCCAGGAAGCGACUCCUGCUUCCUCACUUCAAUUCUUCCCCACACCUGACCCCAAUCCUUUUGGGAAUGAUCCUUUUUCUGAACUUAACCAAUCAGCACCACCUCAGUUGGUUGAUUCUGUAAAGCCUUCUGAUCAGAAAGAUGGAGUUCCUCCUUUCCUAUCCAGUCAGAGUGGAGAUCACCUGGGCCAUGACUUUGACCAGCUCUCUAGCCAGGUUGUCACCAGUCUGAAAGUUGAUAUUCCACCCAGGGGACUGAAUGGAGCUGUGGGGCAUGACCAAGUUGAAUUGGCUAGCAAACCAACCACUGACCCCUUCGCUGAGAUCUCAGGGGCUGCACCUCCAGCACAGAAUGGGUUAAAACCAGACUCCCUAGCUUCUGCAAACAACAAGCAAGUGGACUCCCUCCUGAUGCAGAGCUUUGAUGUGACUCUGUCCCCUCCACCAAGCACAAAAGGAGCCCGUGGCAGGCGGAACAAUCAGCUGGCAGGUGAGAAUUUUGGAUCCAGCCCACUUGUUUCAAGUGCUCCAUCUCCAACCCAGAUUCCUCUAGAUCUGUUCAGUGUACCAAGCACCUCAUCACUGGUCAGCCCAGGCUUAUCUGGACCCUCUCCUGCUGGACCUUAUGUGACACCAUGGGGACAGCAACCUCCAGUACUUUCUCAACCAGGCUCCAUGCCUCCAAGGCCCAUUCUUGGUCCACAGACUCCCUUUGGACAGCCCAAUGUCUUUGGUCAACCUGGUGCAGUCUGGAGCCAGCCAGCUCCAUUUGGAGCUGCACCUUCACCUGCCACUUGGGGGCAGCAUACUAUGGCCCCACCCAGUGUUUGGGGUCAGCCUGUUCCACAGGCUAACCCUUUUGCAGCUUCCCACCUUCCUAUGGUGCCACCCAUUGCAGGUCUGACCCCUUCUGCUGGGGCCUCAGUGACCCCACCACCCCCACCACCAAGACCCAGCCCACAAGAAACCAAGCCCCAGAGCAAUGCCUUCACUGCCUUGGACCCCCUGGGAGACAAGGAGAAGAAAAGUGUCAAGGAGCUGUUUAAAGACUUCCAGAUGGCCAAGCCCCCAGCUAUUCCUGCUCGUAAGAGUGAGCCAUCAGCUGUUACUGGGGCAUCUGGAGCAUUUGGCCAAUACUUCACCAGCAAAGUUGGUGUUGCCCAAGAAACUGCUGACCAUGAUGACUUUGACAUCCAUCAACUCUCUCCUACAACAUCAAAUGAAGCCCCAACAGCACCUCCUAGCCAGAGUCCAACACAGAAUCCCUUUGAUACAAGUGGUGACUUGCUUGCUGCUCCAGCACCAGCUGUUCCUGCUCAAUCUCUCCCAUUUGGAGAUCCCUUUGGAAAUCCAUUUGUAUAACAUUCUCUACAUGGUCUGUAAGCACCCCAAAUUUGAUCUUCCAGCUUUGACUACCAGCAAUCUUUUGAACAGAACAGAAGGGUUAAUGAGUCAGGUUUCCAAGAAUUGCUUUGUGCCUCCUCACCUAAAGGUUUUCUGGCUUACUGUACAUGCUUCCUUGUGACAAGGGAGCAAAUGUCUUGUAUGUGAAAGGCAGCUCUAAUGAUCUGUCAUCCUGCUUUUUUAAGCCAGCAAAUCCUUUUGAAUCCAAUCCUAGUGGAUUGGAGGAUAAGUUUUUUUUGGGCAGGGUUUAACUUUCUCACUGCUGUUGUAACGGUGAUGUUGCAUUCUUCCAUCUCCAGGACCUGCUUGGUUUCUUUUGUAGGUGAUGUCUGGUGAUGGUCACUUUUUAUACAUCAGUGCCUUAAUUGGUAUCUGCCUUUCUAAUCAAAGGAGGAUUGUAACAUGGGGUGAAGUCUUGACAUUUAGAGUUAGACACUGGUUGGUUUGUUUCCUGGUUUUGUGACUAUGCUAGUCAAAUCUGAUAUGCAUUAGAUGCAUCUUCAAAUGUCAUCCUAGAACUUCAGCACUUGGGGAAAACUGGAAUAUUUUUGGGAGCUCUGAAACCAAGAAAUGCUAACUUUGCACAUGUCUUUUUAAAGUUGAGUCUCUCUUUCAAAUAGAUUUGGUGUAAUGAGGUCACUCUCUAACUGGUCUUUUGUACUAGUCUAAAUUUGACUUGACUUCCCAAUUGUGACCCUCAACUGGGAUAAAACUCCAGCUCCCAAAAUCCCCUACACCCAGCUGGAGUAAUAUGGUGCCAUUUAAAUAAUGUUGUCAAGACACUUGUCCCCACUGGCCACUAAUGUAGCAUAUUGCACUAAAUAUUUUAAUGUUUUUAUGGGUUACACCAAGACACUAACAUGGUUUAGUCAGCUCCUGCAGUGUUUUCUAGUGGUGUUCUUGUAACUUUGUUCUGAAGCAUACACCUCACCUGGCCAGUGCAGUGAAAGUGUUUGCCUUGUUCCUGAAUACAGAAUGUUCCAGUGUUUUAGGGCAUACUGUCCUUUAAGACCACACCUCCCUGUUUGGACAAGUCCUCCUUUCUCUUAUCCAAUAAAUCACAGCAAGAGGAGCAUUGUAAUAGCCACUGGGUCCUUUUUUAACCUGAUCUCUCCAACCCCCAGUUUGUCCAUCCAAAUAUCUAAAAUGCAGUAGCUCAACUGGAAACUAAGUUGUAACUAUUUUGAAUGUAAUGUCUGUACCAUGGCCUUUUAAUAAACAAAUUAAUGCAUCA